UUUAAUCAGAGGGAGGGGAGCGAGGAGAGCAGGGAGAACAGGAUGUGRCCUGAGUAGCAUAGAAGCACGAGCCAGAGGGACUGGCACUAGGACACGGGCAGGCGAAAACACAAGCUGGAGGAACGUUUUGUGGCACUGGAGCUGACAGUUGGAUGCCUGGAUCAACGUGCAGCAUGUAACAGAGGACGAGAGGGUUGUAUAACACAGAUCUCUCAGAGCUCUGCGUGUCCGCUGUGAGGUGGAAUGGGUGCUGCUGGGAUAUGGAUGAGCCACCGGACAGGGACAGUCGGGGCGUCCCACUGACCUCCUGGAAGAUCUCUGAGAGAUAGACUCAGACGCAUUGGAAAGAAUUCCUGGUUGCUCCAGCUCUUCCAGCCCCAGGCAUGAACCUGGUGCUCCUGGCCUUCAGGCUGAUGUGCCUGGCCUGGCUGUGGCCUGUCACACUGCUCAACGGCAGCCAACGACCCAACAAGAGGAGGCACAAGGACGUGUACCUUGGGGAGAACACCAAGAACCAACAUGGAGGACGAAUAGACUUUAAGAUGAAAAGGGCAGCUAUUCCUGUGGGCAUAGACGUGCAGGUGGAGAGCAUUGACAGUAUAUCUGAAGUCAACAUGGACUUCACCAUGACUCUGUACCUGAGACACUACUGGCAGGACGACCGGCUGGCAUUCCCUUCCAGCAGCAACAGGAGCCGGACAUUUGACGCUCGGCUGGUGAAGAAGAUCUGGGUGCCGGACGUGUUCUUUGUCCACUCCAAACGUUCUUUCAUCCAUGACACGACCAUGGAGAACAUCAUGCUGAGGGUGUACCCUGACGGCAACAUUCUCUACAGUGUCAGGAUCACUGUAACUGCUCUUUGCGCCAUGGACUUCAGUAGUUUUCCGUUGGACACACAGAAUUGCUCUCUGGAACUGGAGAGCUGUUGGUAUAACAGGCUCUACAUAAACUUCAUCCUCAGGAGGCACAUCUUCUUCUUCAUGCUGCAGACCUAUUUCCCCACCAUGUUGAUGGUGAUGCUCUCCUGGGUGUCCUUCUGGAUUGACAGGAGGGCUGUGCCCGCCCGGGUCUCUCUGGGCAUCACCACAGUUCUGACCAUGUCCACCAUCAUCACAGGCGUGUCAGCCUCCAUGCCCCAGGUCUCUUAUGUGAAAGCGGUAGACAUCUACCUGUGGGCCAGCUUCCUGUUUGUCUUCCUGUCCGUCAUCGAGUACGCCACCGUCAACUACUUCACCACUGUGGAGGAGAUGAAGAAGCUCAAGGGGGGAAAGAUCCCUGCCAAUUUCAAUGCCACUCAAACUAUGGCCUUUGACGGCUGUUACCAUGACAAUGACAUUGACCUGAUGCCAUACCCAGAGCUGCCCAGCACCCCCAACACAGAGCGGAGUCGGACGGCCACAUUGAGGAACUCGAGGAACUCUGCUGCAGAGCCCCCGCCCACGGAGGGCACCAGGCUACGACGCAAAAAAUCCAUCAAACACAACCUCAGCUUCAUCAUGAGUAACAGCUACAUGAUCGACUCCUACUCCAGAGUCAUCUUCCCCAUGACCUACCUGCUGUUCAACAUCACCUACUGGAGCUUGUACUCCAGUAGGUGAAUAGACCGUCAACAGUCUACUAACAGUUCAUCAUGCAGUGGAUUAUUGGAGUCUGUACACCUAAAGCAGGAUUGUCUAAUGACUACUGAACAAUAGUACUACUGUAUAUUAUCUAUUAGGUUAUUCUCACUGAGAACAGCAUCAUCGUCAAGGCGUUGUAUUCUGCCACCCACUGGAUUAUGACCUUAACCAUUGGUGUCUACCAGAGUGCAUUGUGGGAGUUUUGGACAGUCAAGCCUACUGAAGAAGAGAUACUAUUGAGUAAAUCUGCUUUUUAUUGGAAACCUGUUGGAAUCCGGGUUCAGGUGUGAAGUUGCUGGUGCUGUUCAUGGAACUGCUUCUGCUGGAAAGCACAGAUGCUUUCCCCCCCACUGGU